AUGAACCAUUCCUGUGAGCCCAACUGUCAGCUGGAGGUGGUGGACACGGCGGAACAGCCGUACCUGCGUGUGACGGUCCGGGCGCCCCGAGUCCAGCCUAGCGAAUUGCUGACGAUCGACUACAAUGCCAUGGAGAUCGACAUGACGUGUCCCUUCGACUGCCAAUGCGGCGCGGUCAGGUGCAGAGGCUGGGUGUCGGGCUUCUCAAACCUUUCUCGGGCCGAGCAGGAGGAGUACAUCGAUGGGGGUGCGACGGGGUCCCCGCCCCUCACCGGCGCCGUGAAAACUUGGGCUGAGGAACACGGCAUCGUAUAA